AUGGCGGCUGCUAAAUUGCUGAUAGAGAAGUGGCCAAACAUGUUUUGGGCUUCUUGUGCUGCUCACAUAAUCGAUCUUAUGCUUGAAGCAAUUGGUAAAGAAGUCAAACUCCGUCGACUAGCUGAUGGAGAUGAAAAGGCAUCAAUGGCCUUCUUGUAUGCAGAACUUCAGCAAGCCAAAGAAGCUAUAAAAAUGGCUUUUAAAAAUGUGGAGAUUAACUAUCGUUCUAUCAUAGAAAUUAUUGAGACAAGAGCAAAAGGUUGGCUUGAUAGUCCACUACACAUGACAGCUUACUUGUUAAAUCCUUAUAAUUUCUAUAAAGAUCAAAGCAUAAACGAUAAUGUCAUGGUUUUAGAUGCAAUUUUCAUAUGUUUUGAAAGGUUUUUUCGUGAUGACAUUGACAAGCAAGAUCAGGUGAUAAAUAUGGAGCUCCCAAAGUACAAGGAAAAAGGAGAUUUUGGAAGAAUAUUGGCAGCAAAUGGGUGUUCCGAAAAUAGCAGUUCUUAUGAUCCAUGUACUUGGUGGAUGACUUAUGGAAAUGCAACUCCGACUUUGCAAAAGAUGUUUAAUUCCAAACUCAUCAACAAAUGGGAAAGAAAUAAGAACCAAAAUAGAGAUGUAUUGCGUUCUCUUGAUACUAGUAAGGCACAAUCGUGGAUUGUUGCUAUUAAUGAUGACGAUGAGGAAAUGGAAGAAAGUGAGGGUUUGGAGGUUGGUGGAGAAGCAAUUGAUAAUGCAAACCAACAGGCUAGAGAACUCCAUGAUGAUGAUUUUGUGUCGGAUGAAGAACAAGUGGAAUGUGAAGAAGAUUUUGAAUUUAAUUCUGAUGAAGAAGGUUUUGUGGAUAUAAAUGAAGACGGUUACUAA